CACACACCAACCAGCCCAACAACCAACCUCAACAAUGCCAUUCACGCCAUCCGCCCACGCCGGUAUAGUCCACCGUUUCACGCCGAAGCUCACAGCCUUUGAGCACGGCAAAGACAACCAAGCCGACAACCCCCACACGCUACUUUGGAUCGGAGGCCUAAACGAUGGCCUCUUGACCGUCUCGUAUGCGACCGCGUUGGCGCAUACCUUACCCCCAAACUGGAGUCUUGUCCAAGUGCUCUUGUCGUCCGCAAACAAGGGCUGGGGCACUAGUAGCCUGAAACAGGAUGCACGCGAGCUGGCUCAGUGCGUCAAGUAUUUCCAGGAGCGCCGACCGGGGGCCAAAAUCGUGUUGAUGGGCCACUCGACCGGUUGCCAGGACUGCAUGGAGUAUCUCGUCGGCGAGGGCCAUGCGGAGAGACCGGCUGUCCAGGCUGUGAUUCUGCAGUCUCCGGUUAGCGAUCGCGAGGCCUUAGCCGAGGAGUUCCCCCCGGACAAGCUCAAUAGCAGCAUCAAGCUCGCCCAGGAGUGGGUCAAGAGCAACCGCGGAAACGACGUCUUGCCGAACUCUGCCACGGCGCCUCUGACCCCCGUGACUGCAAACCGUUGGCUCAGCCUGUGCAGCCCGGACAAGAAUGGCGACGACGAUUACUUUAGCAGCGAUCUAGAGGCGCAUCAGCUGCAGGCCACGUUUGGCAGGAUCAAGGAAAAGGCCCAGGUCUUGUUCUUGUAUGGCGGCGAUGAUGAGUAUGUCCCCGACUAUGUCGACAGGAAGGGCUUGGUGGCGAAGUGGACGAGUAUCGUCAGGGAGAAUGGGGGAACUGUCGACGAUGAGAACGGUGGUAUCGUCCCAGACGCGCAUCACAACCUCGAAGGUGACGAUGAUGCCGUUGUCCAGGAUCUGUGCAAGAGGGUCAAUGGAUUCCUGAAGAACUUUGGUGGAGACUAAACGUGUCAAUAAGCGGAUUGGAGGACCCACGAGCUGUCAAAGCAUACGUCAGUAGACGCAGUCUGCGCUGCGUUGUCUCCCAUCAUCAAGACUUCUAACGAAAUAUUCAAUGAGCACAAGGGAACUGCUACUUAGGUACUGUCCAACAUCCAAUCGAACCGGUCUUGACCGAGCAAGAUGAGUAUCAAUGCCU